CUGUGUUAGAGCGGGCCGUGCGCUGGGGCGGAGCCCGCCCGCCAGCUCGGUUCCCGGGAAGGGCGCCCUGAACCUGGUCUGCGUCCAGUGCUGCCGCCCUGGGCGACCCUGGGUCCUCCCGGAUAUCCGGCCUUUCCCGGACCCUGUCCUGCGGGCUUGGGCCACCGCCCGCACUUGGGAGCUCCAUCUCCAAACUCUCCGGAGGCUGAGCCCGGAGGUUCAGGUGUUCGAGGCCAGCUUCGUCCGGAGAGGACUACGUCAGCAACGUUCCCUUGGGUAGCUUUCCGAUCAGAACAAUGAAUUCCAGUUUGAAGUCAAAACAAGAAGGAAUUCCAGAGACUAUGAAGAACAGCCCUGUCUCUAGAAGAACUCUGAAGAUGAUUCAGCCUUCUGCAGAUGGCUCCCUUGUUGGCAGAGAAAAUGAGUUACCAAAAGGCUUGUCCAAAAGGAAACAUUGGAACGAGCAGUUGAUGUCCAAGACUUGCAGCUCUGGCUCAGAACCCAGUGAAAAUAAUGUUGGAGUCACCCAGGAAGCGGCUGAUCUUAUGAUUAAAGAAAAUCCAUCCUGUCAGUACUGGAGAGAAGUGGCAGAAAGGCGGAGGAGAGCGCUCCACGAGGCACUGACGGAAAAUGAGAAGCUUCAUAAAGAAAUUGAAGAGAAGGACAGUGAAAUCACCCGGCUGAAGAAGGAGAAUCGGGAGUUGUUGGAAGUGGCAGAGCAUGUGCGGUACAUGGCCGAGGUCAUCGAGAGGCUGUCUAAUGAACCUCUGGUGGAGAGCUUUGAGUCACCGGAUAGUCAGGAAUUUGGUUCUGACGAGGACACCGUUGAGGAUUCUGAAGUUGAAGGCUCAGAUGCUGGUUCGCCUGCUGAAGAGAUCGUGUCUUCCUCCACGGAUGCAAAGCCAUGCACGUGAGGUGCGUUAGUGUUUGACCCGAGAAGCACACUGCCAAGGUUGCCUUCCAUUGCUCUUGGUGCCAGAGUGAAUUAACCAUGUGAUGCAGAUGCUGGGGUCAGGCUUCUGUUUGAAUCCUAGGAUCCUAUUCCAUUAAAAUCCAGAUUGUAUGUGUUUUUAAUCUAUUUUAUGUAAAUAGCCUUUUCAGUUUCUCAGUGUCAGGCGUGACUUGUGUAUGAUAAUAAACUUCAGUUUCCCAUUGAA